GGUGACUCAAGGUAUUUCCGUGAAAGGUACCCAGGUCGGCACGUGCCGAUUUCUAGAGUUGGAAUGCCGAAUUGAACAUCGCGACGGCCAAUGAAGCGCGUGACGAAGGUCGUGGAGCAGUCGACGCGGGCGCUGCUCGACCGGGUUCGUCACGAACGGGUGGCCUUGAACCGCGACGAGUUCAACAAGCUCAUCGCCAACACGGGUCGUUGCUUCUCCAGCCGCGAAGCCCAUGAGGUCUUACAGCUCAUGGCAAAGCACAUGCGGCCCUGUCCCACGAGCCACAGCGGCGUGCUCCAGGCCCUCGUUCGUGAGCGCAAGCAUCGCGAGGCGAUGCGCUACUUGGAGUCGCUGCCGCCCACAGAUCUGAGUACCAAUUUGUUCAACAUUGCCAUCCUCUCGUGCGGCCAUCGCGGCGACCUCGCCGACGCGCGUGCCUUGUAUGGCUCGAUGCGCCAGCACCAGUUCGCCCCGAACGCACAAACGUACCAAGGCUUGAUCCAAGCGUGUAUAGCGUCGCGGGACGUCGUUGCGGCCGAAGACUACUGGGCGACGAUGCUCGCCGCCGACCUCGCCCCCACCAGACCCGCCGUACGCGCACUCUUGGCCAUCUACCACGAUACCGCCGUGGCGGUGCGGGCGGCAGCUACGACGCCACGAAACCCGCCCCUCGAUCUCUCGCUGUGCGUCAGCCUCUGCGACACGAUACGGGCCGUGGCGCCCAGCGCGCUGCCCGCGUUCCCGUUCGAAAUGCUGCUCGAUGUCGCGGAUACCACGCAUGGCAUGAGCCUUUCGGGCGAGAUGGCCCACCUCGUACUUGACGCGCUGCCCACAUGCCAUCUCUCGCGCUGGCUCGAUAAGAUUGCUCCUCUCCCGAUCGGCAUGGACGGGUCGCUUUUCGAUGCGGCACUGCAGCGUUGCGCCGACGAAGGGCUCCAAACCGACUUUUUCUACAUCCUAAGAGCUCUGCGGGCCCGCGCGUACGACCACAGCGAGCCGACACAUCUCUUGCUUGACGCAAAGAACAACGAGCUCAUGGCCUCGCGCCGCUGCUCCUCGCUGGUUCACUACGAUGUGCACGGCGAUCGAUGGACAACAGAGAUGGCCAAUAACUGGCUCCGCGAUCUGCUGCGACACCGACCGGAGGACGCACUCGCCCAUGUGCUUUGCAUUGUUGACACAAUGGCCUCUUCGCUCGUGCCGCCACCGAACGCAGCGACCUACAACGCCUUGCUCACGGCGUUGCACGAGAGUGACGGGCGCCAUGAUCAUCUCUUUCUCGGGCUCUUUGAGGCGAUGGUUGCUGCCAACGUCUUCAACGACGAGAGCGUCACCCUCGCGCUACUGGCGGCGCGCGACCUCGGUGCCGUGCACCGGGUGCAAUCUUUGCUACGGCUCGUGGCGGCCCCGAGUGACAGCAUGUAUGCGAUCGCGAUCGACACGCUCGUGCGCGCAAAUGACGUCACUGGUGCCUUGCGCCUCUUGGCCGCCAUGCCAAUGAAAGCAUCGCCGUUCACGUAUGCAGUGCUCUUCAAAGGCCUCAGCGCGCGGAAGGAUACGAGCGCGGCGCUGGCGCUUCUCGAACACAUGGAGGAAGCCCACGUCGGGACGCCCGAGGUCGCCGGGCUCUUUUCGCUCGUCCGCACGUUUCGCCGCACACCCGACGUGGUGCUCGCGCUGCUGCGGCGACUCACAAAGUACCCGUUGGAUGUUGGUGUCUACAAUGGCGCCUUGGACAUCUUUCGUCGGCACGGCAUGUACAGCGAAGCCGCCGACGUGCUUCGGCUCAUGGCGGACUUUACCGUGGCGCCGUCCAGUGACACCCAUGUCCUGUACCUCUUGACGUGUGCAAAUGCCAAGAAGUUCUCGCUCGCGAUGCGAUACCUCGGCACGAUCGACGACGCGUCCGUCGACGUCUUCAACGCCGCGAUCGAGGUUUGCGGCCACACGAAGAAGCCGCUCGAUGCUCUCCAGGUCUUUGAGGGCAUGCAAGUGUGCGGCGUCUCGCCCAACCAAACCACGUACCUCCGGCUGCUCCACGCGCUAUCGCCGCACGGCGACGUGGCUCUGAUGGAGACCAUUGUGGACGAGAUGCCGCCGCACUUUGUCGACGAGCGCAUCUGGAACCGGCUUCUCGACGGCUGCGGCUAUGCGCGCUUGCCCCACGCCGCGUUGCACCUCUACGGGCGCCUCGAAGCGGCGACUCGUCCGUCGAUUGUGUCGGUGAACCUCGUGCUCCGCGCCCUCACCACAUCCAAGGCCUUCCCGUUAGCAGCGAUGGAGACCUUUCUAGAGAAUGCCAUACGACGCCAUGGUCUUGUGCCAAACGUCAUUACCUACACGACGCUCCUUGGCCAGGCCAUGCACGAAGAGCGAUAUGCCGACUGCCAACGCCUCUUUGACGCCCUUCAAGCCCAGACGACGCCGGACGCGACCAGCUUUGCGAUGCUCUUGCGCGCGUUUCAUGCUGCGAACCGCGACGAGUGGAGCGUCGAUGCGCUCCUCGAGACGUUCUGGGCCAUCCAAGCACACUUGAACGACGCAAUGUCGUAUGUGGGCGUGCUGCGGGAGCUCGCGGCUGCCGGGCGACCGGACGAUGCCCACGCGGUCUUGCGCUGCAUGGAAGACCGGGGCCUUCAUGCGACGGAGGCCUGCACGCUGGUCAUGCGCCUCUUCAACGACGCGGGCAAGCACUCGCACGUGUGUGCGAUCUACGACACGAUGCAGCGCCGCGGUAUGCAGCCGUCGCCCGAGACGACGAUCGAGAUGGUCGUGGCGCUGGAAGCCGGCCAAGAAUGGGUCCGCGCGACAGGCCUCUUUGUCAAGCUGACGCAAAAGCACCCGACGCUGCCACACGAGAAGCUGUCCCGGGCAGCCAUUGGCCGCUACUACAUUCGGUCCAACUCGCUCCCGAGCCGCCUUCCGCUGCAAGUCGACGACGACAACCAGGCAUAGAUUGCGCUGUACACUAGACGAUACACUGGCUAAACACUGUUUCCAAAUCAAAAUCCAAAUCUGACCGCUCGAUAGGGAUUGGUCAA